AACCCCAUCUCCAUCUCCAUCUCCCUCGCCUCCCUCCUCGCCGCGCGCCUCCGCCUCCGCCCCCAUCUCGCCGGAGCGCCGCCGCGGUCCGAUCCCGGUGCCCGACGAUGCAGCCGCCGAUGGGGAACGACAGGCCGCCGCAGGGGGUGCCCGGGAGGCCCGUCUCCGCCUUCGUGCCCGGCGCCGCCACCGCCGCCCCGCCGCCCUCGUCGUUCGGCGCUGCUUCCGCCCCGCGCGCGCCGUUCGUGCCGCCCCCGCAGGCUGCUGCGUCCCCCGCGGCGCCGUUCGCGGCCGCGCCACCUGCGGCAAUCGCUGGGUACAGGGGUCCACACGCCUCCCCAGCGCCCCUUCGGCGCUGGACCGCCCCAGCAGGGCCCCUUCGCCGCCGCGGCACCACCCCCGCAGGCCCCUUCACCAGUGCACCGUCCUCUCAGGGUCCCUUCGCCGCAGCGCCGCAGCCACCGUCUCAGGGCCCCUUUGGCACCGCGCCGCCGCCGUCUCAGGGCCCAUUCGGCACCGCGCCGCCGCCGUCUCAGGGCCCAUUCGGCACCGCGCCACCGCCGUCUCAGGGCCCCUUUGCCGCCAGCGUGCCGCCGUCUCAGGGCCCUUUUGCAUCCGCACAGCCGCCUUUUCGCCCUCCGCCUUCGCUCGUGCAGUCACCUACAGCGAGUGGUAUGGCUCCACCCUCGGCGUAUGUGAGGCCACCACCGCCAGUACAAUCACAGCCCCCGCCCAUGCAAGGUUUUUACGGUGGUCCGCCUCCUGCAAACCAACAGUUCCCGAUGUCACGACCAACAUUUCAGCAGCCAGUGCAGACCAUGCCGCCCCCUCCUAUGGCGGGUUUUGGCAAUCAGGCGGCAUAUGCGACUGGUGGGCCUCCUACAGGGGGCACCCUCCAGAGCUUAGUGGAGGACUUCCAGUCGCUCUCGGUUAGUUCUGCACCAGGAUCGCUUGAUCCUGGUGUCGACGUCAAAGGGCUGCCAAGGCCAUUGGAUGGUGACGAGGAACCAACUAAGGUUUUGGAGGCAUAUCCAUUGAACUGCCACCCGAGGUACUUCCGGCUGACAACCCAUGCAAUUCCAGCAUCCCAGUCGUUGGUCUCAAGGUGGCAUCUGCCUCUUGGGGCUGUGGUACAUCCUCUCGCAGAAUCACCUGAUGGGGAGGUUCCGGUUAUCAACUUUGGGUCAGCUGGUGUCAUCCGUUGCCGAAGAUGUAGAACAUAUAUAAACCCUUACGCAACAUUCGCGGAUGCUGGAAGGAAAUGGCGCUGCAAUCUUUGCACGCUGCUCAAUGAUGUUCCUGGAGAGUAUUUUUGUGGCAUUGAUGGUAGCGGCAGAAGAUAUGAUGCAGAUCAAAGACCUGAGCUUUCUAAGGGAACAGUAGAGUUUGUUGCUCCCACUGAAUAUAUGGUGCGGCCACCAAUGCCACCCUCCUAUUUCUUUCUUAUUGAUGUGUCCGUAUCUGCAGUUCGAAGCGGGCUGCUUGAGGUUGUUGCAAAGACCAUCAAAUCAUGCCUUGAUGACCUCCCAGGGUUUCCACGAACACAGAUUGGAUUCUUAACUUUUGAUAGCACAUUGCACUUUCAUAAUUUCAAGUCGUCUUUGUCACAACCUCAAAUGAUGGUGGUCGCUGAUUUGGAUGAUGUUUUCCUGCCGUUGCCUGAUGACCUCUUGGUUAAUUUGGUUGACUCUAGACAUGUUGUCGAUUCAUUUCUCGAUAGCUUGCCAAAUAUGUUCCAGGACAAUGUAAAUGUAGAAUCUGCUCUUGGUCCAGCACUUAAAGCAGCAUUCAUGGUUAUGAGUCAAAUUGGAGGGAAGUUACUUGUAUUCCAGAGCACAUUACCAUCUCUUGGUGUUGGUCGCUUGAGACUUCGAGGAGAUGAUGUCCGUGCAUAUGGAACAGAUAAGGAGCAUUCUCUCAGAGUCCCAGAAGAUCCUUUUUAUAAACAGAUGGCUGCUGAGUUCACGAAAAAUCAAAUUGCAGUGGACAUAUUUUCUUUCAGUGAUAAAUACUGUGAUAUAGCUUCUUUAGGUUCUCUGGCGAAAUACACUGGUGGUCAGGUGUACCAUUAUCCAUCCUUCCAGGCAGUUACUCAUGGGGAUAAACUCAAACAUGAGCUUAGCAGAGACCUUACACGGGAAACUGCAUGGGAAUCUGUUAUGCGUAUCAGAUGUGGAAAAGGGGUGCGCUUCACAACUUAUCAUGGCCAUUUCAUGCUAAGGUCCACCGACUUAUUAGCACUUCCAGCUGUUGACUCUGAUAAAGCAUUUGCAAUGCAACUUUCUUUAGAGGAGACCCUAAUGACCACACAGACUGUAUAUUUCCAAGUGGCAUUGCUAUAUACAUCCUCUUCUGGUGAAAGGCGUAUCAGGGUGCAUACAGCAGCUGCACCUGUGGUCACAGAUCUUGGUGAAAUGUAUCGUCAAGCAGAUACUGGUGCCAUUGUGUCAUUGUUGAGUAGAAUCGCUGUUGAAAAUUCACUGUCUGAUAAGCUGGACAGUGUUCGGCAACAAUUACAAUUAAAGCUUGUGAGAAGUUUGAAGGAAUACCGGAACCUAUAUGUUGUACAGCACCGGAUAGGAGGGAGACUUAUAUAUCCAGAAUCUUUAAGAUUCUUGCCGUUGUACAUUCUGUCCAUAUGCAAGUCUCUUGCUCUUCGUGGUGGUUACGCAGAUGUUUCUCUUGAUGAACGUUGUGCUGCUGGUUUCAGCAUGAUGAUACUGCCUGCAAAAAAGCUGCUCAAUUUUAUUUAUCCUUCAUUGUACAGGGUUGAUGAAGUAUUGUCAAUGGAACCAGAUAGGAUCGGUGGAUCCUUGAAGCGGUUGCCACUAACCAUGCAGUGCUUAGACACUGGUGGUCUUUACCUUCUUGAUGAUGGGUUUACCUUCCUAGUAUGGUUAGGUAGGAUGCUCCCACCUGAACUUGUGAACAACAUUCUUGGAGUCAGCUUGGCAAACUUCCCCGAUCUAUCAAAGGUUCAAUUGAGAGAAUGUGAUAACGAGUACUCCAGAAAUUUCAUGAAAAUACUAGGGACCCUAAGGGAGAGGGAUCCUUCUUACCACCAGCUCUGCCGCGUCGUACGUCAGGGUGAACAGCCAAGAGAAGGCUUUUUGCUUCUAUCUAACUUGGUCGAGGAUCAGAUGUCUGGGACUAGCAGUUACAUGGACUGGAUACUCCAAAUCCACCGCCAAACGCAGAGCUAGUCACGAUGAAUCAAGGGAAUCGCCGUUCCAAAUUUUUGGCUUAUUGUAAACUGCUGCAGAUUCAGCCGCUGCCAGUUCCUAAUCUCUCGAAACAGUUGGAACUAAUUCGCAAGUCAGAUGUCCAGAAUGUCUUCCCCUUAGCAGCAGCACGCUGGCAAGCAAAAGUUUUAUUGUUAAUAUUCGUCCCUGUGAUUAUUUUCCUCGUGAGUGAAAAUACAGAUGUUGUAUGAGAAUAAUUAGGGCAACAGUGACCAUUGGUAAGGUAUACAACUUGGUGUUCUUGGAAAUGUGCUGUACGUUUUUUUUUUCCAUUUUUGUUUUUAUUAUUGUUCAGAUUUCUAGUUUGUGCCGUGUCGGUCUCCUGGUAUUUUUAGUUCUCCAAAGUUUGUCGUGUAAAACUCAUUUUUGACUGAUGAUCUAGCUGCAUGUAAUGGGGGGAGGGCUCCCAUUUAACUGGUGUU